AUCAAAUGUAAAUAUAUAAUAUAAAAUUUUAUACAAACUACUUAAGAUAAGAAAUAUAGUGUGAUGUAGAAUGAUAUUAAAGAUGGAUACUGGAUAUUCAAAUGAUGAUUCUGAAACUUGGGAGGAUUUCUUUGGUAGUUCUGUAGAAAUAAAAGGAUCCAUAUUAAAAUUGUGCAACAUACCUACACCUGCAAGAAAACCAUUCAAGAAUCUUAAUGUUUUAUCACCAAAUGUUCAAAGAAUUUUGGCACACUCCGAUUGCAUAUCAGACCCAGUAAAUCAAUAUUUACUUACCCAUCACCACAGAAAAUCAAUCACAGUUUAUGAUAAAAGUAAGUUACCUGUAAGAAAAGCUAAAAGUCAUCACAACUUUCCUUUGUCCGGUGUAGUAAGUAAAAUAUCACAAAGCAGUAAUGAUUUACAAAUACACACAGAAUCACAUACAGAUAAUUUAGAAGAUACAACUAGUGUUAAAAGUCAUUUAUUUACACUACAUCAAAAUAUGGCUGAUAAUGAUAUGGAAAGUAUUUCUGAGACAACAUCAGUAGCUGAUAUCAGUUUAACUUCAACAAUAUCAGAUUGUAGUAAUAGUCAGAACAAUUCACCCGUUUGCAGGCUUACGCUUUGUUAG